AUGGCUACAACGCGCGCAGACACAAAAGUCAUCGUCAUUGGCGGCGGUGGGACUCUAGGUGCUUCAACAGCGCUACAUUUGAUUCGCAACUCGUAUGCGCCAUCAAAUGUCACCGUCCUCGACACGUUUGAGAUACCUUCAGCACAGUCGGCUGGCAACGAUUUGAACAAGAUCAUGGGCAUCAGAAUCAGGACUCCUGUUGAUGUACAGAUGAGUCUAGAGGCGAGGGACAUGUGGAGAAACGACGACCUGUUUUCGCCCUUUUUCCACAAUACGGGCAGAAUGGACUGCGAACACACUGAACAAGGUAUAAAAGGGCUGAAAGCACAGUAUCAAACACUCCUCGACGCCGGAUUGGGUGCCGAGAAUGAGUGGCUGGAUAACGAAGACGAGAUCUUGGCAAAAAUGCCCUUGCUCAAACGGGAGAAGAUCAAGGGAUGGAAAGCUAUCUGGAGCAAAGACGGCGGUUGGUUAGCGGCUGCAAAAGCCAUCAACGCAAUCGGCGAGUUCCUGAAGGCGAGCGGAGUCAAGUUCGGGUUUGGAGAUGCUGGGUCGUUCAAAAACCCCCUCUUUGCCUCGGACGGCACGACUUGCAUUGGCGUCGAAACCGUGGAUGGGAACAAGUACUUUGCUGACAAGGUAGUCUUUGCGGCAGGUGCCUGGUCCCCGACUCUGGUGGACUUGGAGGACCAAUGCUGCUCGAAGGCUUGGGUCUAUGCUCAUAUUCAGCUGACGCCAGAAGAGGCGACUGGGUGGAAAAACAUCCCGGUCGUCUAUAAUGGAGAGAUUGGGUUCUUUUUCGAGCCUAACGAAUUUGGAGUAAUAAAGGUCUGUGACGAAUUCCCGGGAUUCAGUCGUUACAAGAAGAUCCAACCAUGGGGAGCACCAGAACCCAAAUCCAUUUCGACACCGCGCUCUCAUGCAAAGCAUCCGACGGACACGUAUCCCGACGUGUCCGAGGUAACCAUACGGAAAGCCAUUGCCACAUAUCUCCCUGAUUACACAGAGAAGGAGCUCUUUAAUCGAGCCAUGUGCUGGUGUACAGACACGGCCGAUGCCGCUCUUCUGGUCUGCGAGCACCCAAAGUGGAAGAACUUUUUCCUAGCUACUGGAGAUAGCGGCCACUCAUUCAAGCUCCUGCCCAACGUUGGAAAGCACGUAGUGGAACUGAUCGAGGGCCGUCUUCCCCAAGACAUGGCAAAUGCCUGGAGGUGGAGGCCAGGAGGCGACGCCCGCAAGUCCCGGCGAGCAGCGCCGCCACAAGAUCUCGCAGACUUGCCAGGAUGGAGACAUGAUCCUCAGUUGUAA